AUGAAGCUUCUUGCCUUCCUCCUUUCCACCGCAGCUGUCACUUUGGCCGCACCAGCCCUUGAGACCCGCCAAUUUGAAGACAUAAUCUUCCCUGCGGGAACCUAUCGACGCUGGGUUCAGAGCGGCAAGAUUGUUCAAGACCCCCAGGAUCAGCUUCUGAUCGUCAAGAAUGGCAAAGCUGCGGACGAGACAACCACCAUCGUCACAUUCGACUUCGACCAAAGCACAGAAGGCAAGACCUGCGAACUCAUUUUUGAGCUCUGGGAUCGAGAUGUCUCCACUGGCACACAGACUCUCGACGUUUUCACCUGGUCGGACCCCCCAAGCGGCCUCCGAACAUUCUCCGUUGCCGAUAUUGCUGAAUGGGCAGAAGCCAAGAGCAGAGACAACCAUGUCGGUCGUAUUUUGGUCCCGAAGCCAGGGAAUGCUACCUGGAUUAUGGCCUAUCAGGGGUGGCCAAAGAUCCCUUGUCCAGCGGGACAGCUCAUCGGCAUUGAGUAUGUUGGUGUUGGGGACCGGGUCGAGGUUCGUUGGGAUAUUGGGGUCACGGGACCAAGGUUCCGUGUUUUGUAG